GGUCCACCCAAUCUUGUUUCGCUUGAAAGUCGUCGUGAAGCCGAACAGUUGUUCCACAAUAUCAAGCAAGAACUCACAAUCGAAACAGCUGGGCAGGUUAUAAGAAACACACAGAAUCAGUUUGUUCUUUUUCAAAUCGCACAAAUGACCGGUGAAAUAGUGUUACGUGAUUGGGUGCUUCUUUCCAAAGAGCAGAUAAUUAACACCUACAAGAUGUUGUUGGAAUUUGUAGCUCAGAGAGAAGAUUUAUCGCACUAUGCACAAACAGAAUUCCUGCGUUCUGUAGCUAUGAUUCUUAAACGUGGUAUUCUUGAUGGUAAAACAGGUGAUCAGGAGGAACUUUUUGAAAUGAUACAUAAUCUACUGGUCAACCAACAUCAACGCUUGCAAGCAAUUGGUGGAGAGCUUAUCUCUGCAAUUACUCAGCAGUUUUCUUCAUCAUGGAGGAAUACCAAGUUCAGUAUUACUUGGGAUUUCCAUGUAAAGGCUAAAACGGAGUUUGAGGCAGGUUUUUACAGUUUAAGUUUUUUAAAUCACAUUAUCUGCAGAAAGCUUAAUAAUUUUUUCUUGAAGUCAAUUUUUGGUCAGACUUCUUAUAUGAUCUUGCUCUUCAAUCCUCAGGAUACGGGUCUUAGACGCCUUUUGGAGAUGUCACUAAAAACUCUACACGCUCUUGCCUCACAAUCUGAUAUUCUACCUGAUGAAUUCGCUCGUCGUAUCUGUGACAAAUUUUUGGAGGUCGAUUUAUUUUUCUUACGCGUAUCUGUUGUCCCCUCCAUCAAAUAA